AUGGAAAAUCUGAAGUUCGGUGAGGUGGUGGAAAGCGUGACAGACCCGUCACGUUGUUCUAUCGAGUCUGUAAGUAACAUCAGAUGUGGUUUUAUCAACGAGUUUAAAAUCGUGACAAGAAAUUCAGAAGGGAAUGUCUGCUAUACCAAUAAAGGCUCAAUUGAUGUACAAAUUCAAGAUGUUGACGGCGACGAUGUACAGAAAGAACUGACCGAGACUGAAACUGGCAGAUUCACAGUGAAAUAUAGAGCAGAGAAACCUUCACCGUACAAAGUUGUAGUGAGUAUUGGAGGAGAAGAGAUCAAAAACUCACCACAGAACAUUGAGACAAUCGAUGCUAGAGUAGAGUUGAAACCCUUGAGAUUAAUUGAUCUAAAAGAGUUGUUCAGUCCUUUUUCACUUGCUGUAAGUGAGAGAGGAGACAUAGCUGUGGUUAAUAAUGAUUUGAAAAGCGAUUUCCGUGUUUUGCUGUUCAAUGAUGAUGAUGGACAGUAUGUUCGAGAGAUUGGUGGUGCAGGAUCUGUAGAAAGUCAACUUAGUUCUCCAUUUAUACGCGUAAUCUUCAAUAAAGACCAAAUACUUGUUAGCGACAUUGAUCCAGAUAAUAAGCUCUGUGGCUGUAUAAAGGAAUUUGAUAUCAAUGGUACUUACAACAGAACUCUUUGUAAACAAACUGAAAGUAUGUUCAUCACAAGAAUGUGCAAAGAUAACCAAAACAUCGCGUAUUUGAGCUUUAAUGUGGAUACUAAAGACACAUUUAUAAAGUCAUUUGAUGAACAGAAUGGUGAUCACCUUACUGACAUCAAACUAGAUGUUCCUGAUAAUGGUCAUGGGAUUCCUUUGUCUUUAGCCUGUGAUAACAAGAAGUACUUUGUAUCGUUUUUAGAUAUGAACACUGUUUAUGUUUUUAACGAGAAUGGUCGUCUGUUGUACAGUUUUGGAGAGAAAGGAAAGAAAGAUGGGCAGUUUGAUGUCGUAGGUGGAUUUGCCGUGUUUGGUAAAGAAAUGCUUCUUGUCUGUGAUUGUCGUAACGACCGCGUGCAAGUCUUCAGUCAAGAUGGUCAGUUCAUAAGGUCCUUUGGUAGCUAUGGUUCAGGUCUUGGUCAAAUGGAUGGUCCUAUUGAUGUUGCUGUUACACCAGAUGGUCGAGUAUUUGUACUUGAGUAUGAUGGGAACCGAGUUCAAGUUUGGAGAUAAUUUUUCGAAAUAAUAAACAGUUGAUUUUGAAUCCUUAGACUGACGUAUUGUAAAAACAAGCUUACAAAGUUCAGUUGGAAGUUGGAAGUUCAGUUCGAUUUUGUUCUUGUUUGGCAAGUGUUUCAUUCAAAGGCUUGCAUUUAGCGUUCUUGUAAUUUAAAAAAGGUUUUUUUCCAGGCAUACAGCAAUUUUUGAAAACGUUGAAAUGAAUACUUUAUUCUGAAUUGUAAAUUCCAAGACCGCAAUGCAUUGUUAAUAUAAAACACUUACAUUAGCCACCUUACAAAAUGAUUAAUUCUAAAACUAAUUGCUAAGCUUUCGAAUGUACUGAACU